UUGUUCACAGCCCCCGGCGUGCGAAGGAUCCGGCUGAAGGAAGGAGUCGUAAGGGGCUCUCUUUUCCUGCCGCCGGGGGAUGGUCCCUUUCCAGGAGUGAUUGACAUGUAUGGUGAUGAAGGAGGCUUGAUUGAAUUUAGAUCCAGUCUCCUGGCUACUCAUGGUUUUGCUGCUCUUUCUCUGCCAUAUUUUGACUUUGAAGAUCUUCCUAGGAUCUUGAAAGACUUAAAACUUGAGUACUUUGAGGAGGCAGCAAGGUUCCUACAGCGUCACCCAAAGGUGAAAGGACCAGGAGUUGGAGUGAUUGGGACUGGGAAAGGGGCGGAAUUAGCGCUCUCCAUGAUCACCUUCCUGCCAGAAGUAGUGGCUGCUGUCUCAAUCUCUGGCUGUAGUUCAAACACAGUUGCAGACCUCCAUUAUGGUGAGACGACUCUGCCUGGGCUGCGUUUUGAUAUGGAGAAAGUCACUGUCUCUGAGUCUGGUGUGUUUGAUGUUUUUGAAGCUCUGGAUGACCCAACUAAUCCUGCUAAUUCUUCUAGUGUGAUCCCCAUUGAAAAAGCAGAAGGUCACUUUCUCUUAGUGGUAGGGGAAGAUGAUCGGAUGUGGAAGAGCUCCUUAUAUGCUGAGCUGGCAAUCAGGCGUCUACGCCAGCAUGGGAAAGAGAACUUUGAACUCCUGAGUUAUCCAGGAGCGGGUCACCGAAUUGAUCCUCCUUCUACUCCAUUUUGUCAGGCAAAAGCAACGACCAUCAAAGAAGCUCUAGCCAAAUGGGAAGAGAAAAGUGGCCAGAAGGCUUCAGAGGCAAAGGAAGUGAAACUGUAUGGGCAGAUUCCUCCUGUGGAAAAAAUGGAUGGUGCCCUCUCUGCUCUUGUUAACUGCGAGAAACUAUCACUAUCUACAAACUGCAUUGAUAGAAUCGCCAACUUGAACAAUCUAAAAAAUUUGAGGAUUCUGUCUUUGGGAAGAAAUAACAUAAAGAACCUGAAUGGAUUGGAGGCAGUUGCUGAAACUUUAGAGGAGCUGUGGAUCUCAUACAACUUAAUUGAGAAACUGAGGGGUAUCCGUGUAAUGAAGAAACUGAAGGUUCUUUAUAUGUCAAAUAAUUUGGUGAAAGACUGGGCAGAGUUUGUGAGGCUGGCAGAAGUGCCAGUACUAGAGGAGCUGGUGUUUGUAGGCAAUCCACUACAGGAGAAAUUUGCCGCUGAUCAGAACAGUUGGAUUGAAGAAGCAACCAAACGGGUACCCAAGCUGAAAAAGCUGGAUGGUACUUUAGUUGUUAAAGGAGAAGAGGAAGAAGGAGUGGAAGGAGCAGAAGGAGCAGAAGGAGCAGAAGGAGGAAACUGAUGACACUUUCUUAUUGGGUAUUAAAUUAUUAAAAUAACUCCAGAUAGCUUUGCACAUAAACUUUUAUAAAAGUAUUUGUUUUGAAGAGAAUCUUUGGGCAGUUUUUAAAAGACCAGCUUAUCUCCACAAUCUCUCACCCAAAGAGUUAGUUACCAAAAAUUGCUCACACUGGUUUUGUCAAGCUUAUGAGACCUUCUGUAGAGACUAGUGGAGCUGAGUUUACCUGCUGUUUGGCUAGCAAGAGAUCUUUAUUUAAAUUAAUACAUAGCUAUUUUUCAUUCCUGAUUAGUGGUGCUUGUUGUUCACUUGGGUUAUAAAAGAACUGGUUUAGCUUAUUUGGUGCUGCUGGCCAACACUGAAUUGGAAACUCUGAGGCCAGAAGAAUAAUGUUGUAGUUUAGAGACACCUGAUGAGCUUUGUUGUGUUUAAUUUUGUUGUGGGACUUUCUCAAUAGUUUUAAUAUGUGAGUUUGCCUUUUCAUUCCUUGAAGUGUUAUGCCAAACAGGCCCAGUAGUUGCAUACGCACAAAAAAGGUAUUGGUUUGAUGAGCAUUUGUUCCUGGCCUUAAGUCUUGAAAUGGGCUUCUCACAUUGGAACUCAACUGCAUUGCUUAGAAGGCCAUGUAUAACUUAUAUAUUUAUUUAUUUUUAAGAGGCAAUGGAAAUUCAUUGCAUGGUUUCUGUAAGACUAAAAUACCUGGUAACGUUGGGUUUAGUCUCUUACUAAGACAUUACUUUGAAAUAUGUUGCCUAUUAGCCUACAGCUGGUUUCUGGCUUUGGAUUGGGUCACUGGUGGACAUAACCCUUCUUAGCUCUGGAAUCUUCCUGUAACUAAGGAGGCUGAUAGUAACAGAGACACUAACAGCAAACAGAAAACCUGGGCUUGAGGACAGAAAAUUUUGAUUUUGGGGAUACUAAUUUUUUGUGAAAGCACAGGUAUAAGCAGUGAGAGAAAGUAUAUGUAGUUAGUGGGGACAGUGGGAUGAUGAGAUGAGAUGAGAUGAGAUGAGAUGAGAUGAGAUGAGAUGAGAUGAGAUGAUGAGGGCAUUGGUAAAAAUAGUAUUGAAGAGGUACCGAAUGUGCUAUAUUGCAGGGUAACCAGUUUUAGUAAAGCACUCUUAUGUGGCUAUUUCUAGUGAAAAGCAUUAAACAACGAUGAAGACAUACCUGAUUGCACUAUGGGAUGCCAAAAGUGCAGUUUUUCUUCUUCUCUUUGAAGAAUAGAUGGAGUCACCUGAGUAGAUUUUUCUGCAGUUCCUUUUUGGUUUUUUAACAAGCUUUCCCUCUAAUUUGUGGUACCAUCUUUUUUUUAAAUUGAAGUGACAAGUGUAUCUGCUGGUUCCAGCCCAGGCAUGGAAGGGAUGGGGUCAGAAUGACACUCUUAGUUAUUUUGUUCGUGAAGGUGUGGCAUGAGUUGAAAUCUUGGAAGCCAAGUUCAGAGAUGAAUGGUAGAAUUGGCCCAGGCAACAGUAGUACAGAUCUCAAGCUCCAAGUAUAAUUGUAGUAGGCAAUUCUCUAAUCAGCUUCUAACUGAACACUGUGAAGUAAAUGAUUACAAGACAAUCACAGUUUAAUUUCAAUAUAUUGCUAUUUAAUCUGUGAUUAUUGGAGGAAUUCUAAAGCAUUCUGAUUUAAGUUUGCAUUUGCUGAAGAGUUUGAUUUGGAUCCGUUACUAAGAGUAAGUCAAGAGCACAAUGGCAAAAACUCUGGACAUUCUUCACCCAGUACAAACUAUUUCCAGGCAGCUGUUCUCUUUACCAGAAACUACUUUCUUAGUUAGCUAGUUCACUUUUGUUUGUUAUUUCUUUAGAAGUAUUCUUCUAGCUUUAUUAUGAGUAAAGGAAGCAUUGACCAAGAAGCACCAUGGAGGAGUGUCUACAGUCAGCAGUCAUUUCACACAUCUUUUGAAGCCAAGCCACUCUGUCCAUUUGCAGCCAACCACUCUUGGCAAGGUAGAACUGUCUGCUUGGGCAGUACAGAGCCCAUGGCACACUUAGGCCCUUUUGGCCCCAUCUGCUGGGGGUGCCCACAGGGGAUUGGCUGUGCCCUUGACCACUGUAGUCAAAGUGUGGCUCAUGUGAGCCAGAGCUUGACUGACUCAAAACUUGCCUUCUGAAUCUUCCCAACAAGCAGAAAUGCCAAAUUCAUCUCUGUGUUUGUAGAUAUUUUCAGAAUAGACCACAUGGUGCUCUUCUCCUAGUGCUUGGCCACGAAGAAAAGUGGUUGAAGCUAUGGACCAGUCUCUCCCAGCACAGCUGCAAGUGGUGUGUAUGGCUGGGUUAGCUCCACACAUGAUUGUGACAGGAGGAAAAGGGAGUGAUGAGCACAGUCCGAUGCCUAGUAAUCCUGCUGGCUGAUUCUUUAAAUAUGGCCUAAGUCUGUACAUUUCUGAAGGUUACAUUAGAUACAGCAAAUACUCUACACUUUGGCUAUAUCGGGGCAUUCUGAGAGCAGAAUAGAAACUUAGUGUUCUGACUAUGUUGUAAUGAUUGAAGUGAAAACACAGAUCCAUUGACAAGUGGUGAGGGGUAAGAGCAGUUCCUGACUCUUGUAAGUGAUCAAUAGAGGCUACACCUACAGGCAUCAGUCCAAAACUAUUGUAGGUGGUGGUAGAGCUGGGGGAUCACGUGGCCCACUGGCAUUGGUGCUUUCCACAGAUGAAAUGGCGCAAAUUCUCUAGCUCUUUGCUUUGAAGGCUGCAUUAUAAAUACCAACAAAAAAGGAAAAAAAAAAGGAGAAAAAAAUCAUUAUUGAAGGAAGGGAGCAUCUAGUCUUAGAACAUAAUUUAAAACCCUUCUGAUAAAAACUAUGUGUCAGUCUCAUUGAAACAAUUCAGUAAGAAAAUAAUUGGCUGUGGCUUCUAUCAGGAGAUAUUUUGUCUCAAAGCUGGUAUCUUCACUUUAUCUUGCUUUGCCUAAUGAGUCAUGAUUACUCUCAAGAACAAAACAACCUCCCCAAACUUUUUCUCCUCCAAAGCAGUUUCCCUAAAUUUUUAAAUUUGCACUUUAAAAUUAGGCACUGGAUGUGAUGGAAGACAUAGAGAGGUGGUAGAAUUAAAACAGCUGGUUUGUAUAUUGGUAGUGCUACACGAUAUUAUAUAUAAGGUGACAGUGACACCUUGGCCUGUGUGCCCACAGGGACACUAAAGUGACAUGCUGGAAGGUCUGGCUUUCACUUGUGCACUCUGCUGUUCCCUAUCACACCACAUCCAGUGAAGUAGUAAGUACACUAUUAUUCAUGAAUGAAAAGGGCACCCAUAUAAAAUGUGCAAGCCAUGUGGAAUUCUGCUUUUCCCAGUGAAGUUACAGAGGACUAGCAUCCACUUUAUUCCUUAGAGAAAUAUCCUAAAAUUAAAUUAGUGGUACGAACUAGUUAGGUUUUUUUGCUUGCUUGUUGGCACACUCACCUGUCUUCAAAGAGCUGAUUGAUGUACUCAGUGAUUAUUGAGAACUGAUGGAAAAAUGACAUAAGAGACCUGAGAACCAGCAGAUGACUCGGGUUACACUAGAAGUAGGCUCAUCUAGAAAAACUUCCAAGUAAGAUAGCACUUUUAACAUCCUCUUUGGCAAUCUUUUUUAUACAGUAAUUUUGUGGAAUGAAAAGCUGUUAAAUUUGCUGUGUUUAAAUUAUUUAGGCCUAUGUUUAUAAAUGUUAUUCUGUGAAACUUGUUCAAAAAUAAUAUAACCUUAUUUUAUACAAAUGUCUUUGGCUGAUGUGUAAUGAAAUAGUUCAGCUUGUGAAGAGUAUUUGGAAACUAAAUUUUGUUCUCAUUAAACUUUCCUGGCUGCUCAGGAAGCAAUGUAUUUAGAGUAUGAUAGCAUGUAAAUGCUAUUCCUUAUUGCCUCUAUAUUUUAGAAUAGAAAAUAACUUAAGGCUUUAAAAAUGCUGAUAUAUUGUGAUUGUUGUCAUCUGAUACAUAAAUAUUUUUCAAUCUUUUAA